UUAGUCUUUACGUUCAGUCUUGAGCCCACUUCGGUCGACUUUUGACAGAUAACACAACGCAUGAAUGUCACGGCGCUGACGUAACACGCUCGCGGUGCGUGCGGUGAUCUGCAAAAGCUUACCUGCGGGCUAAACGCGUGGGGAAACCUCAAGCAUCCACCGCAAACACUCUCGCUGAGUCCUGUUUCUAUAAAUUAACUCCGCUCAGAGUCUCCCCGACUGUCGCGAGUCCUGCGCGCGUGCUUUUAGACACUCGUCUGUUUCCGUCCGCUGUGUGUUCAGGCGCUGACAGCAGCUCCACGCCCAUAUUAGCAGCGCAAGGCCAGCCGCAGAAGUACAGUCCUCACCAUCAUUUGUGCACCUAGAAAUACAUACACCGCAAUACCUCACUUAACGUUGUGUUGGGCCAUGUUGCAAGUUGUCAGGGCUCCCAUGUUGUUCCUGCAGAACUCUGUCAACUCAACCAGUCAAGGCAGUUGGCUGCCCACCCUGAGCGAUGGUUCUCCUCGAGGUUUCUGCCUGAGGACAGAGGACAGUUGUCUCCACAACGUGUUGACUGAAACUAUUCGGGGGCUCAAAGCUGAGAAGGAGGAUGAAGAGAGUGGACGAAAUGCUGGUGAAGAGAGGGAGGAGAACGAGUGCAAGCAGAAAGUUCUCGGAGUGCUGAGGGAGCUGAGUGUUUUUCAUUCAGACAGAGUGAAAACAUGGGGCCAAGUUCUCAGAGAGUGUGCCCACAUGCUUUGCUACUCUCCACCAGAGGGCAGUGAUCAGCAACAUCCAUCUACAACGGAUAGAGAAGUUAAAGUGAAACCUUGUUCAGACUCCUUCAGUAAUAUUUUUUUAAGUGUUGGGGAGGACAUAAAGGACAUUAUAGACAAACUGAACACAAUCAUAACCAAGCUGGAUGAAGAAAUACACAAAUUAUGUGCAGAGAAGGCCUCAACUGUUGAUGCAGCACUUCAGGAGACCAGAGAUCCAAAAGCAGACGGAUCAGAGCGACGUGAAGAUGACAACAAUCACCUGAACUCCCAUGACCCCCUUGACUUUGACUCUGGGCAUAAACAGGAGGCUGAAGAUGGAGAUGAUCAAAGUCGUACAGUGCCAUCACCAGACACUGAACAAACAUCAGACUCCAGAUUCAGCAGGUCUGACUGCAGCAAUGUGGAAGAGACAGGGAAAGAAUUGGAGGUCAAAGGUCAAGGGAGUGAUAACGAGGACUGUGUUUCUCCAAAAAGUCAGACAGAUUUCCUGGAGGAGACAGAAAAGUACACAAAUAGGGUACAUGACAAGAGCAAAGAGGAGACAAACAUGGAAUGGAUCACAGUAGGGCUCGCUGGUCAGCAGGAGGACAGCCGUUCAGAUGUACCAGACGCAUGUUUUAUCAGAGCACCCAAGGGCGUGGCCGAAGUCCUGAGAUAUGAGGUGGCCGACACCCUGAGCGGCCUCAUGGUGACCGGCUCAGAGGAGCUGGUCAGCAGAGUGAUCAGGGUCAAAGCUCAGGAUGAAGCUAACUUCCACUUCCCCGUGACCGUGGCCGUGCCUUUCUGCGCACGUUACCGCGGCAACUACAAGGAUGUAGCUGUGAAGAUAGUUGAUGGGGGGAUGAGGGCAAGCUACGUCACUCCUGUAACAACAGAGGGCACCUAUGGAGGACAGAGGGGCUCAUUUGCAGAGGUGAGGGUGUACUCCCUGGGCCUGUUUGCAGUAGUUUCCUGUCUCAAAAGAGAAAAUUACACUGUUCCCACAAGGGGUUUGUCACUCAAGCUCCCCAUGGACCCCCGAAUCUGUCUGAACUACCUCCCAGGAUCCUUCACUGCUCCAGUAAUGGCACAAAUAAUGAUCCAGCCUCUAGAUGCCAUCCUUCUGGCUGCCAUCAAGUCCAGAAGUGACGCCUAUCACUCGGUGGUGUCUACAAGUCCACUACUCUACCUCACCCACCCAUCCACUCAGCCACUGAGAAGACCCCUCACUCUCACCCUUCCCUGUCCCCCGAACCUUGAAAAGAAGAGGCACACAAGGGGACAAGGGGAGGAGCAAGAAGCUAGAGUUUCUCUACUGUGGGAUCAACCUGCUUCUCACAAAAGAAGAGUCCUGGGUGCCUCUGUGAAGUCUAAGAUGACCUCCAAUGAGCUGCUGAUUGUUCUGGGUUCAAGGGACAAGCAGUGGAGUGCUCUGGAUAAAGUCACAGUCAGGAACCAGCAGAACGGACUGGUGUCCUUUGAGCUGACAGAGAACUUUGACAGACUGCUGGUGGUUCGUCUCCUCUCUCCGCUGCAGCCUCGCCACCUCACCUUCCUGGCAGAGGAGCUAGAGGAGUCAGUCUGCCGCCACGCCGUCACAGUCGUCCUCCAGCGUAGACAGGACGAGCCUCACGCCGUCCUGGUGGCUGCUCUGCCCAGCAGAGACCUCGGCUGGGAGCUGUCCAAACUGCGAGCCCAGGGCUACAGCGGCCUCCCGGAGAGCUCGCCGGAGAUCUCCAUGUGUGAGGGAGACCUGCUCCUGCUCCGUUUCAGUGGCAACAUCACCUCCACAGGAAGGGUGUCAGCAGGAACACAAAACGACCAUCAUGUCCCACACGGGCGAAUCACCUUCCACAGUCAGCAGAAGAAUCACCUCUUGGUGCAUCUAACAGAAGUGGACCCAUUUGGGAACUACAGCUCCCCUUACUACAAGGGCACCGCCAUGUUUUAUAAGGUCGCCAAAGGUCAGUUGGAGUGGCGAGGUGACGAUCCAGUCCUGACAGACACGAAGCUCCUUGGAGAUCCCGUCUGUAAGCUGCCUCUGACUUUACCCAAGAAAGUGAGAACUAUUAAUCGACCCGUCAUAGCUCGGGUGAAGUUAUGCGAGGAGACAGACUCCCUGUCAGACUCUCUUCUUCUCUGGCUGUCCGGGGAGCUUUCAGAGGAGGAAGUAGCCCUUCUGGUGCUCUCCCUGCGUCUCCGCCGUAGCGCCGCUCAGCUGGUGAAGCUCAGGGCUGGGGACAGCCUGUCCACCCAGGCCUUCCAUGUCCUGGCCAUGUGGAGGAGGGGGCUGCCUGCUGCCUCACACCAACCCAAGGCCUCUCAACUGGCUCACUGUUUAGCCAAGAGCGGCCGGCCAGACCUGGCCAGAGAGCUGCUGCUGCGACAGGCUGCAGCCACCAGGAAGAGCUUGCUGGAACAAGGAAGCUUAAAAAGUAGAAAUCACACUGCUUUUUAAUUUCUGCUUUUAGUCAGGGCAUGUGUGCCUGCCAAAUGAGUCGGUGGCAGUGUUUUGUUUCGUCCACAAGGGGUCAGCAUUGGACUGUGAGAUUCCGCGCUCUCUUCCAGACUUCAGUUGAUUAUGUCUGUGAGUUCACAUAGUGUUUUUUAGAGGCCUGAAGACUAUAUGAAGAUUGAUGUGUAAAAAAGAGAAAUGUGUGAAAAGAUUUAUCUAAUUUUGUACAGCAAAUUUCUUUUUCUCUGCUUGUCUCAUGACCGUUCGUAUUUGUCUUGUGACCCCUUAGGGAUCCCAAACACUGAGUGAGACAUUCAGACAAUCACGGUCGGGUAUUAGAAAGUAUAAUUCGUUUAGCCAUUUCUAACUGACACCCUACCUCAUAUUAUGUGUUGCAAUGCAAUAAAUCUCAACAAUCUGACGCUAGAUACAAUUGAAGAUAAUUAUCUACAACCAUGACUUGAUUCAGUAUUAAAAUAAUAAAACAAAA